AUGGCAGCACCACAGUUUCGGCUGUACUCCGAGCGGGCUGCAAAAAUCUGGUGGGUGAUUGUGUGCAUCCUGUCGAUCUACUUCUGUGGCUGCCUCAUCGAAACGGUCUACGCCAAGUGGCGCCGCAGUCCGGUGGUGGUGACGUUCGCCGAAAAGCUAACCCCGGUCUACGAUGUCCCGUUCCCGGCCGUCACCGUGUGCCCGGUGACGAAGGUGAAGAUGGCAACGCUCAACUUUACCGCCGCCUAUCAGGCACUCACGUACGGUGAUAACGAUAGCAUGCUCACCGAUGAAGUCAUCGAGCAGGUUCUGGCGAUGGUGCAGGUGUGUGACUUUUCCUUCAGCAACCUGCCAUUCAAUCACACGUACGAUGACAACCUGGUCACCAUCAUCCAGCGGCUGGCGGUUCCGUUCAGCGAGAUGUUCCUGAUGUGCGUCUGGAAGAACCGCCAGGUGAACUGUAGUGAACUGUUUAAGCCAACGCUGACCGAGAGCGGUAUCUGUUACACGUUCAACGGGAUGUCGGCCGAGGAGCUGCUCCGUACGGACCAGUUCCACCAGGAGUUUGAGCACUUGGGCGAAACUCGAUCGGCCGCCAACUGGACGAUGGAGGAUGGGUAUCACCCGCGGGUUGGCGUUAGCACGUACCCGCGCCGGGUGCUGAGUGCUGGCGCCCUGUCCGGUAUGCUGAUCUUCUUGAAAACGGACAAAGCCGAUAUGGACUUCCUGUGUGGGGGGUACCAGGUACAACUGCACAGCCCGAACACGUGUCCGCAGAUCUCCACCCAGAACAUCCGGGUUCCGUUGGACCACGCGUUCCAGGUGCGCGUGGAGCCAUCCAUGAUCACCACGACCGCGGCGGUCCGUUUGUACAGUGUCGACAACCGGCUCUGUUACUACAGCCACGAGCGAUACCUACGCUUCUUCGCCAUCUACACCAAGCGGAGCUGCGAGGUGGAGUGUUUGGCCAACUUCACGCUGUACCUGUGCGGCUGCGUUCACUUCGCGAUGCCCCGGCCGCCCGGUGUGCGAAUCUGCGGGCUGGGUAAGAAAAAGUGCGUCGAUGAGGCUGAAAUCUAUCUCCAGGAGCAAGCCAUGGGUGCGGUGGAGAACGGUGGGUCCAUCCCGAAGGUGCUCAGCUCGUGCCGGUGUCUACCGUCGUGCACUUUUUUGCAGUACAACGCCGAAAUAUCGCAGGCCCCGUUCGAGUGGCGCCGGCUGACCGAUGCGAUGGGACUUUACCAGAACGAGCUGAAAAAUGCCGGACUGUCCACGAUGAAUAUCUACUUCAAGGAGUCCCAGUUCAUCACCGUCAAGCGCAAUCAACUGUUCGAGCUGAACGACUUCAUAGCCAACUGCGGUGGGCUGCUCGGGCUGUUCAUGGGCGUCAGCCUGCUGAGCAUCGUCGAGAUGCUGUACUUUUUCACGCUCAAACCGCUGGUCAACUACUUCUGGCGUCGCGAAAAACGUUCAGUGUCAAGCUCCUGCCCGGCCAUGGUGAAACCGGAUCUACCAAAGCUUCUUCCUGCCGACAAGAGUCCUGGGGACCCCACGGAGGAGUCGGAUGUGGGUGAGCAAAGUCUGUGGAUCGACUAUUGCCUCAACUCCACCAUCCACGGGUUCCGAUACUUUGUGCCGGGUCGGAGCUGGGUCGAGAGGGUGUGGUGGAUGAUCAUUUGUCUCGUGUCGCUGUACGGAUGUGGACGACUGAUCCACAGCGUCUACACGAAGUGGGAUCACGAUCCCGUCGUUGUGACGUUCGCCGAGAAGUCGGUGCCGGUCUACUCCAUUCCCUUCCCGGCCGUUAUGAUCUGCCCCGAGAUUAAGGUCCGAAAGGAGGUGUUCGACUUUACGAAGGCCGCCCAUCUGUACGACGAACCUGGCAUGAAGCGUUUCAUGUCAAAGGAAGAAAUAGCGAAAUUGGAGGCCAUGCUGCAGGUGUGUGACAUUUCGAUAGGCCAACAAAUCAACAACAAUUCGUACGAUGAUGGCAUAGUGGACUGGCUUCAGCGGAUGGCCAUACCGUUCGAGGACAUUUUCGUCAACUGUGGCUGGCGGGCCCACCGGAUGGAUUGCUCCGAGAUGUUCAAGAAGAUACUGACGGAAGCGGGCAUCUGCUACACGUUCAACUCGCUGGCGGCCGAGGAUCUAAUGCGCAAGGACCAGCUCCACCCGGAUUACGUCUACUCCGAGGAGAACACUUCGUCACCGUUUUGGUCCAUGGACGAUGGCUACGGGAUGGACUCCGAUACUGAAAGUUAUCCACGGCGAACGUUCGGGGCCGGGAUGAGGGCCGGAUUUUUUGUGGUUCUUAAAGCCAGAAUGACCGAUGCGGACUAUGUUUGUGGAAACUCUUUUCAGGGCUUCAAGGUGCAUCUGUAUCCCCCGCAUCAGUUUCCCCGGAUAAACAAUCAGUUCUUCAGGAUUCCUCUCGGCCAAGAGGUGUCUGUAUCGGUUAACCCGCAGAUCAUCGACACUUCUCCAAAAAUCAAGGCCUACAAUAUGGAGCGCCGGAAGUGUUCGUAUAAUCGCGAACGAAAACUGCGCUUCUUCAAGCUCUACACCAAGCACAACUGCGACACGGAAUGUGCGGCCAACUACACCCUGCAGAUGUGCGGCUGUGUGCCGUUCGCCAUGCCGCGUGCGGCCGGUGCCAGGAUCUGUGGUCUUGGUAGGCUGAUGUGUUGCGAUCGUGCCCAGGCCGUUCUGGAGGAGAUGGACCUGUUGCACGCCAUGGACAGCUCGCACAAUUCCUCAGCGCGCUGUCGCUGUCUGACCUCCUGCAACACGAUCUACUACGACACGGAGAUAUCGCAGGCCAAGUUCGAUUGGCGGAUGUUGGCCAAACGGAUGAAACUGUCGUCGGAGGAAAUAGACACAUCGGAAUUGUCCUACCUGACGGUCCACUUCAAGGUGUCGCGCUUCAUACCGAUCAAGCGUAGCGAACUGUUCGGGCUGACCGAUUUUCUGGCCAAUUGCGGCGGCAUCCUGGGCCUCUUCAUGGGCGUCAGUAUUCUCAGUAUCGUCGAAAUCCUGUACUACUGCACGCUGAAACCCUUCAUGGACCGUCGAGCCGCCGUGGCCUCUCGCCCGGAACCGAAAGUUAUCAAAUCGACACUUAUCUUACCACCGGACGAGUACAAGAUUGCACCGAUUCGUCAUCGCACCAAGGAUGCGGUGGCCAGCCACUGUAUCUGCGUCUCCCGAUCUGCCAGUGGCAGGGCCGACAUGCUGCCACCAGAACCACCGGAACCACCGGGCCGGCUGUCGGGUGGCUCGACCCCUCACUAG